AUGGCUGUCACCCUCAAUGAGUCGUCGAUAUCGUCGACCGGCGAUGUUUCCAGAGCGAACAUGGUCGUAAUACCUACCAUUGUGACUACUAUUGUCGCUCUGAUUCUGACGGUUCUCCGGAUGUAUGUGCGAGUUCGCUUGAUUAAGAUGAUAGACUGGGACGACUACUUCAAUUUGCUGGCCAUGGCCACCCAAAUCGCAGUCCUUGGACUUGUAAUGGGAGCCGUGAACUAUGGACUAGGCCGACAUUUCGAAUAUCUUGAUCCGGCGAGCGCCUCAUAUGGCAUCAUGUUGUUGCGAAUCUGCGAGUUUCUCCUGAUCAUGUCAACGGUUUUCGUCAAGAUUUCCAUCAGUUUGUUCUUGAAACGAUUAUUUAUACAGAACCAAAACUGGCAGAGAUUCUUCUGGGCGUUUAUCGCCUUCAAUACCAUUACGAGCAUGGUCGAUGCGAUUGCAAUCUUUCCUCAAUGCACGCCAGUCGAAUACAACUGGAACAAGGGCAUUAAAGGCGGUCGCUGCUGGUCAGAUGCCGCUAUCAACGCACUUGGAAUUGCACAGGGGACAAUCGCCACCGUCACAGAUGUCUUUCUAUCCGUCCUGCCGAUUAUCUUUCUAUGGAAUCUGAAGAUGAUCUGGAGAGUAAAGCUUGGCAUCUGCGGAAUUAUGGCACUCGGAUUUGCAAGCGGAGGUUUUGCAGUUGCACGUACAGCUCUCGUCCCAAGUUUGACGGCUACCCACGAUCCAACAUGGGAUCUUGCUCCGCUGUUUAUGUGGGCAGUACUCGAGGCCGUCUUUGGCGUGAUUGCAGCAGCCGCCCCUUCAGUACGACCACUGCUCGGCCGCAAUGCAGUUACAACAAAGUACACGAGUUCGAAGAGCAAAUCUCAGACGCAAUCAUUACCUCUACACAACAUGCCGUCUCAUAUCAGUUCACGCGGCUCGUGGCUACUAAGAUCACAGAAUACUCACAUGCAAAAGCUUCGUGAUGAAGAUGAUACAGACCAGGGCUUGGAUCGAGCAGGCAGUCAGGACAACCUCUGGAAAAGUAACAAUGGUGGAAUUAUCAAAACUACGAAAAUUCAUGUUUCACAUUCGGAUGCACCGCAGGAGACAGCCAACUUGGGCCGCGGCAAUCCAGACUUGUAG